GAAUGCACUCUAAAACUGCAACAGUUUGUUCAUUUCCUGUUUAAAAAUAUGGGCAUUGAUGAAAAGUUGAAAAGAUAUGAAAAACUUGACUUUCUUGGAGAAGGACAGUUUGCUACAGUAUAUAAGGCUAAAGACCUUGAGACAGGAAAUAUUGUUGCUGUGAAAAAGAUAAAAGUAGGAACUAGAGAGGAAGCUGCUGAUGGUAUAAACAGGACAGCAUUGAGAGAAAUUAAACUUCUACAGGAACUUAAACACCACCAUAUCAUAGGUUUACAAGAUGUUUUUGGACACAGAUCAAAUGUCAGUUUAGUGUUUGAUUUCAUGGAUACUGAUUUAGAGAUAAUAAUCAAAGACAAUACAAUUGUACUAACACCUGGUCAUAUCAAAUCCUACAUAUUACAGACUUUAAAAGGUUUAGAAUACCUUCAUCACCACUGGAUUCUACACAGAGACUUAAAACCAAAUAAUUUAUUGAUCAAUGAUCAGGGCUUACUUAAGUUGGGAGAUUUUGGUUUGGCUAAAUUUUUUGGAUCACCUUCAAGAGUAUAUACCAAUCAAGUUGUUACUAGGUGGUAUAGAUGUCCAGAACUUUUGUUUGGAGCAAGGCAAUAUGGAACUGGUGUAGACAUGUGGGCAGUUGGAUGUAUACUGGCAGAGCUUUUACUUAGGGUACCAUUUUUACCAGGAGAUUCAGAUUUAGACCAGUUAAGUAGAAUAUUCCAGAUGUUAGGUACACCAUCUGAGGAAACAUGGGCAAGUAUGAAAGAUUUACCAGACUUUGUGAAGUUUAAGGUAUUCCCUGGGUAUGAUCUAAAAGAUGUGUUUAUAGCUGGGACAGAAGAUUUAUUGUGUAUAAUGAAAAAACUACUGGCCAUGGAUCCACUACAGAGAUGUUCAGCUACAGAGUCAUUGAAAAUGGAUUACUUUAGUAACAAACCUCCACCAACACCAGGUCACCUGUUACCAAAAGCAGGAAAACCACCAGAGCAAAAACCAAACUUAAAACGCAAAUUCACAGGACAAGAUUCAGUUGGACUGGUAAAGCGACUUCAAUUCUGAGUACAGCAAAAAUGAGGUUAAUUUGGAUCUUAAAUCAUACAAGUGUCGAAGAUUAUGCCUGGACCCAUAUAGGCAGAAAUAUGUAGCACAUCAAAAAGGAGCAAGUCUUUCAGUUCUAAGACAAGUUUACUGUAUAGGAAUGAAAAAAGAAGUUCUUAACAAGAUGUUUAAUUGAAAUGAUUGGUGCAUUGUUAUUGUUUGUUAAUAAAUGUAUACUCUUGUGUAAA